UGAUGGAUACUCAAAGAAUGCUCUUCUCUUUAAACAAAUCUUUUGGAGGUUUUGGACGUGUAGUGUGUAUUUGCCUGUUAAUUCUGGCAAUUAGCACUGAUGCUUUUGCUCCUCGUUCCUUCUUAAAGCGUAGCGAUGAUAAGGAACCUUCUGCUGCCGAUGAAGCCCAAUCACAACAACAAAAAAUUCCAGCCAAACGUCUCUUUGCCCCACAAGAAAAUCUUUUCUUCCAGCAACCACAAGCAAAGCGUUUUGAACUUGCUGAUGGUUAUUAUGACUUCCCACAACAAAAACGUUUCGAUUUUCUCGACAGUUUUUAUGUGCCAGCUACUUAUGGAGGUUUGCCCGCCAAACGUUUUGAUUCUUUUGGUUAUGGACCUCGCCCAAUGGCAGCAUUUCUUUAA